AUGUCGAAAACGGCGACUGCCCGGCGACAUGUACCCCUCGAAGACGACAUCACAACCUCUGGUGGGAGAUUGAGGACGAAGUCCAUCACAGGAAAGAGGAAGUCGAGGUCGGACGAAGAUACCAGAGGCGACGGCUACAUUGAUGCCCGGUCUUCGAGGAAGAUCCUGGCCAUUGCACAGGAUCUUGCAGAAGAAGACGAAGCAGACCAUCGUGCUGCUGGCGCCAGACUUGUCUCACCCACCAACGCAGCAUUUGCCUACGACUCGAGGUUCGCUGGAGAAGAUGGGGACGAGAACGCAGAUAUUGCCGCACACGAACAAUACGAAGAGGAGGAGGAAUGGGUGCCUGAGGAUGACGAGGAAGCGGUCGCAGGGGUUGAGAUGGACCCAGAAGAAAUGGCGGUCUACAAAAAGUUCCUCGACGACGGGGAAGAACUGGCGGAUUUUGCGCCGUCAUUAGCGAACCUCUCAACAGCGGAUCGAAGUAGAGGCCAAAGCAAAUCGCAACCCGCAGCAGGUGAGGAGAAACCCGAGGGCGAGACCAGGAACCUGGCAGACAUAAUCCUGCAACGCAUCGCCGAGAAGGAGGCACUCGAUGCAGCACGUGCUGGAGACCAGCCAAGCAAACACUUCCUAGGCGGAGGUGCGCCCGAAGACGCCGUGGAAAUCCCAAUGAAGGUGGUCGACACGUUUACCAAAGUCGGGCAGAUCAUGAGUCGCUACAGAUCCGGGCCCCUCCCCAAACCGUUCAAAGUCCUCCCGACCCUUCCCCAGUGGCCCGAUCUGCUCAGCAUCACCAGACCCGAGAAUUGGACACCACACGCCGUCUACCGCGCGACAAAGAUCUUCAUAUCCGCCCCAGCAGCGACGGGUCAACACUUUUGUGAGACCAUCCUCCUCGAUCGUGUCAGGGAAGACAUCCAGGAAACCAAGAAACUCAACGUUCACCUCUACAACGCGCUCAAAGCUGCCUUCUACCGGCCCUCGGCAUUCUUCAAAGGGUUCCUGUUCCCGCUUGUGCAAUCAAGCUGCACGCUGCGAGAGGCUCACAUCAUCUCCUCGGUGCUGGCCAAGAUCAAAAUCCCCGUGCUGCACUCUGCAGCUGCGCUCCUUCGAUUGUGCGAGAUCUCGGCCGAGCAGACGUCGAAUGUGAACACCGAAGCCGCCGGCGCUGCAAACAUCUUCAUCCGCGUCCUGCUAGCAAAGAAGUAUGCUUUGCCGUACAAGGUCGUGGACGCACUCGUAUUCCAUUUCCUGCGGUUCCGCGCGUCCAAAGAACAAGACGAAGAGACGUUGGCGUCAAAGGAGGCCAAACUGCCGGUGUUGUGGCAUCAGAGUCUCCUCAUCUUCGCGCAGACCUACAGGAACGAGAUCACCGAGGAUCAGCGCGAGGCUCUGCUAGACCUGUUGCUUGCCCGAGGUCACAAGGACAUUGGGCCCGAGGUGAGGCGGGAACUACUCGCGGGCAGGAACCGUGCGGGUACUGAUGCGCCGGCUGGAAGCGGAAUGCAGGUUGAUGAUCAGGACAAGAGGGACGAUGGAGACGACACCAUGGUGAUGUGA